AUGGCAGCACAACAGACAAAGAUUGACUUGAACCAACUCGCUCCUCAACAAUUACUUGAAUUUCGUAAAAACAUAGACCAAGAAGUAACGCAUUUCACUCAAUCCCUUCAAGCUUUACAAACCGCACAAUCCAAAUUGAAAGAUUGUAUAUCAAGUGUGGACAAUAUGGAAAAAUCCAAAUCUGAACAAUUAUUAGUACCAUUGACUAGUUCUUUGUAUAUACCAGGUAAAGCAGUAAAAGAUAGUUCAUAUUUAGUUGAUAUUGGUACUGGUUAUUAUGUGGAAAAGGAAGCAAAAGAUGCUAAAUUGGUUUAUGAAGCUAAGAUUAAGAAAUUAGAUGAAGAUGCAAAGAAAUUGAAAGAUAUCUUGGUUCAAAAGAAUGAAUUGUUGAAUGGUAUUAACAUGAUCUUAAGAAGGAAAGUAAUUGAAAUGGAAAAGCAAGAGCAACAAAAAUAG